GCACCCAUUUGCCAAUGGAAAAAACCUCGAAAGAAUAUGCCAAAUCCGUGGCCGAGAUAAAGCCCUCUCUCUCUCUCUCUCUCUCUCUCUCUCCACUCGCAAGAAAUUUACGAACGAGGAGAGAAAGAGAGGAGGUAGAGAACUAGAGAUGAUGAUGAAUUGACGAUCUCUGGCUGUGGCUGUGAGGAUUUUGCAAUCAGAUGGCUUCGUUGUCUCUGAACUCAUUUCCUCUUCAGCCCCCUUCCCAGCCUCGUAAACUCGCCGACUCUUCCUGCUCUUCUUCUUUGACUCCGUUCAACGGCGGAGCUGCCGGCGGCUUGAAGCCGAUUGUUGUUUGUGGAAACCCUCCCACUUUCGUCUCCGCCCCUGGCCGCCGUAUCGUAGCCGUUGGGGAUCUGCAUGGAGAUCUUGCCAAGGCAAGAUGUGCACUUGAGAUUGCUGGUGUCCUGAGUUCUGAUGGACGAGAUAUGUGGACUGGUGGAGAGACGGUAUUGAUUCAGCUUGGAGACAUACUUGAUCGAGGUGGAGAUGAAAUAGCUAUACUAUCCUUAUUGCGGUCAUUGGAUAUCCAGGCAAAAGCCAAAGGUGGUGCUGUUUUUCAGGUGAAUGGAAACCAUGAGACCAUGAAUGUAAGUGCGGAUUUUCGAUAUGUUGAUUUAAGGGGAUUUGACGAGUGUCUGGACUUCUUGGAGUACUUGAAUGAUUGCAAAAAUAACUGGGAAGAAGCAUUUGUUACUUGGGUUGGUGUGUCUGAGAGGUUGAAAGAUUUCAAAAUGUCCCAACAGUAUUGGGAUCCUUGGAAUCUAGUGAAGCCAGCAAAACCAACAAAUACCAAGAAAGACAUGUUGCCUUUUCAGCAGAAAGAUUUAGGACAGCGGCAACAAGGGGUCAUUGCCAGAUCAACCUUACUAAGACCGGGGGGUCCACUGGCUUGCGAGCUGGCGCGGCAUGCUGUUGUUCUUAAAGUUGAUGAUUGGGUGUUCUGUCAUGGGGGCCUUCUCCCUCACCAUGUUGCCUAUGGCCUAGAGAGGAUGAAUUGGGAAGUAUCUAAGUGGAUGAGAGGUCUCAGAGAGAGUGAUGAUAGUCCGCAAAUCCCUUUCAUAGCCACUAGCGGAUAUGACAGUGUUGUUUGGAACCGUUUAUACUCGAGAGAUGUUUCUGAUCUGGACGGACAUCAGAUUGAUCAGAUUCAAUCUAUUCUUGAAGAGACACUACAAGCAGUAGGUGCUAAGGCCAUGGUAGUGGGGCAUACUCCUCAAAGUACAGGAGUCAAUAGUGCAUAUGGUUGUAGCAUAUGGCGCAUUGAUGUUGGCAUGUCUAGUGGAGUUCUUGAUUCACAACCAGAGGUUUUAGAAAUAAGAGACAGCCAAGCAAGGGCGAUAAAGAGCAAAAGGGAUACGUUUAGAGAACUUCAGAUUGUUGAUUACACAUAGAGACAAGGAAGACAACAGAUGGUACUACUCAACGCACACUAGAUACUAUGGUACACUACUUGUGUAUAUCUCACUUUGUAUACAAAAAAUGAAGAGUUAUAUAAGGAUGACCACCUGUCUCGGCCAUUUGAACUAUAUAGCAGCGAGAGGGCAAAGCGGGAGUGUUUAUCAAAGUCCAGAAAGCAGCAAGGCCCAGUCGGUCCUGUGUUUCUUGUGCCGACUCUCAUGUGCUAUUGUUUCUUUUCAAGUCCAGUAUACAAAUGUUGUACUAAUGUAGUAGGACAUGUUGAAAUGCAAAGAGACCAACAAGCAAUGUUGUUUUCGAAAGACAUUAAUAAUAUGCGGUACUUUUAAAUUCA